AUGAAAUUUUUGGUUGAAUUGUCAUUUUUUGUGCAUUUUGUGAAUUGUUUGGCUAAUGAAGAUGAAGUUCGUAAGGAUACGAUUGGUGAAGUUAUCAAAAAUAAGAUGGAAUUCAGUGAAAUUUGUAGAAAAGAUCUUGAAAAAAUGUUUUACAAAAAAUUAGCUCCUUUUGAAGUUCCAAUAAAAACGAAAUCAAGCCACAAAUAUGGAAAUUCGCAUGACUUUGGAGAUUUUAAAAACUGCAAAAAUAUCAACGAAUCUCAAUUUUCAACUCAGUACUGCAAAAUUCAAUAUUUUAAUGACUUGAUACCACCGAUUUCGGUUACACCAAAGAUGUCACCUUACCAACCAGAAUGGACAGACCUGGAUGUGUCAUUCUCACUUGGCAUUUGCUUGCCAGCUUCAUGUUCAGCUGAAGAUGUCAAGAAUGUUGUUGAAAUCUCAUUUAGAGAUGAACAAUUCAAGUUUGGAUCUGAAAUAUCGUGCAGGAAAGGGAUCAAUAAGAAGCUUGGAUGGAAUUUUGAGAGAAUUUUUGGCGAGAAUUUGCGAAAUUUCCAAACACGAUUCUCGUUCCUUAUUUUGAUGUCGGCGAAUCUUUUUAUGGAAAUUUUCUUCAUAAUUGGCGGAGUUUUGGCUGCAAAAGGAUUAAAGAAUGGAUUUGAGACUGGCAAUAAAGCAACAUGGAUUAUCAAAUUUUAUAUCAAAAGGUUCACUCGACUCUUUCCAGUCUUAAUUUUUCUCAUCGGGCUGAUUAUAACCUCAAAUACUGAGAAUUUAGGACCAUUCAGUUCUGGGGAUGAGAAAGAAAAUUGUAGGAAGUUCUGGUGGGGUGCAUUUGCUUAUAAUUUUGUUGAUCCAAAACAAAAGUUCGCACAGUACACCUGGUUCAUGUCAAUCUACUUCCAACUGGCGCUCAUCGCACCAUUCAUCUUCAUGGCAAUCAACAGCAAGAAAUUCUCAAAAAUGUCAACAAUCGCUGUAGUUAUUGGAAUAACUUACUUAAGAUUCAUUCGGGGUAGUAAAAUAUAUCCAAAACUGAUUGAGAUGUCCAAAGAUGGAGUUACGUAUGAUCAUGAGCUUUUGUUCGAAUAUACAGCUCUAAGGUUAAGGCUCUUCUCAUUCUUUGGUGGAAUGAUUCUCGAAAAGACUUUGAAUGAAAAUGGAAUUUAUUUAUUGAAUACACUCAAAAAUCACUCUAAAGCCUGCAAAAUAAUAACAGUUGCCAUCUUCACCAUCCUCUUAAUCAGCUCAGUUCCACACAUUACAGCAAUAUUGGACAUCAUCGUGUGCUUAUUCAUAAUGAUUGGCAUAAAUUUCUUGUUUUUCAAUAAUAACGGAAGUGCGAAAAAGUUUUUAUCAAACAGAUUUUGGUCACCAAUCGCGAAAAUUGGACUCAGCAUUUAUCUUAUUUCUGGACAUAUUCAGAAUAACCUUCGAACUUAUCAAAUGGAGCCACUCGAAGUUGACAGCUUUUUUCAAUUUGUUAUGAUGUUUUUUGGAGACGUUUGUCAAUCAGUUGUGCCUGCGAUUCUGACUUAUGUGUUCAUUGAAGAGCCAUUUGCAAGAUUUGGAGAGAUUGUUGCUGAAUAUUUCGUUAUCUUCUGUCUUAUCUUCCUCAUUCCUGACUCAUCAGCCACAAAUAUUGAGUGUAACUACAACAAAAAACUUGAUUAUGCUAUUCUGGGCUACAUUUAUCAAUGUGAAGUCAUCAACAAUGCAAAUAUAACUGACACAGCAUCAGCACAUAUCAGCAGAAUCAAUGGAACCCAUGAAAGUCCAAAAACCAAUGAUGCCGUCCUUUCAGUAUCGGCAGGCGAAAAAAUCAUCAAAAAAUUCCCUCGCGGCUUGCAUAAAUUCUUCAAAAAUCUUAAAGCAAUUUACAUUUACAGCUGUAAUUUAAAGGAGAUCCACCAAUCAGAUUUGAGGCAUUUUAGUGGCUUAGUUUAUUUUCUCUCCAGCCACAAUGGCAUUGAAGUCAUCGAGAAGGGUCUGUUUAAAUUUAAUCCGAAAUUGGAAGUCGUUGGGUUUAGGGAAAGUGAAUUAAUUCACAUCGAUCCGAAUGUCUUCGAUCAUUUGAGUCUGUUGAGUCGAUUUUUCUUUACAUCUGUCCCGUGCAUCAAUCAGGAAGUGUUGUUCUCUGUUGAGAAGGUUAGGGACGCUAUAAACUUGUCAAAAAGUAAAUGCUUGAGUUUGGAAUAUUUGGAGUUGGAAGGGAAAAUUGAGAAUCUUGAGGAUGAGUCGAGAAGCUUGAAGUUUGAAGAUUUUAGAAUUACUUUUGAGAAUUUUGAGUUGAAUUUCAAGGAUUCUAAAUUUUUGAGGCAUCGUCCACUGAAAGAAAAGUUUGAGGACCUCAAAAUGACUGCAGAAUGCUCAAAUUGUGCUCAGGUUACUAAAUUGACAGCAUUAAACUCUAAAGUAAACAGCCUUGCUGCCAUUUUUGACAACAUACUAAUAAUUACCCUAAAAAACCAAACCUCAAAGCUUGAUGACCUCAAAUCAUCAAAAUGUGGUACCAAAGACUCAUUUGCAGCUAUUUUGUCAUCAAAUGACAGACUUGAAAGCUCCAUCAAUGACGUUAAAAGUUCACAAAAUGGAGCACAAAGCACAUUGACUGCCAUAAAAUCAUCAACUGCUAACCAAGAAGUUGAGCUUAAAAAUCUUCAAUCAACUCUUUUCCUGCUGUCUAAUUCCAUUAACAAGCUUAAUAAAAAUGUUGAUGAGAUGCGAGAAUCAAUUAGUAAAUUGGAUAGUAUUGAUGAUAAAGUAACAGCACUUGACGGUGACAUAAGAAGCCUGAAAGAUAAUUUUCUUGAUUUUGAGGUUAGAAAUUCUGAAAAAUUCACCAAAAUUGAAAAGGAGCUGGUCAACAUUCGUCAUAAAAUAACAAUUGAUAUUGAUGAAAAAAUGAAAGUUCUCACAAGGCGCUUGAUAAAUAAGUUUGAGGACAUUCUAAAGAAUAAUUGAGACACAUUUUAAAUAGAAAAUUACAGAAUAUAGCAAGUGAAUAGGGAUUCAUAAAAUUUAUCAUGUGGCACACUGCUGUACUCUAAUCAUUGCUAAGCCUCUUAAGAUUGAAGUGUC